GACGCAUCGCGUGCGCCACGGUUUGACAGACUAUACCGGACUCUUCGGAGCAGUUUAUCGAAACAUCUGCGCUCCGGUAUCUCAGUUUCUCUCAGCCACCUCUAUAUACUGCUCCUCCCUGUUUACUGUGUUUACUGCGUCACAGCACAGACUGUAGUUUCGGGGCGUCACUUCCGCGUGACUACAGCUCCAUUUCCGGUGUUGUCGACGCGGCUCUGCAGUCAUGGAGGUUCUUCUCGGAGUGUGUGUUGUGGUGCUGGCCGAAGUGUGCGCAGCAGGGGGCGCUGUCGGAGCAGCAGAAUACAGAGCUUUCACUGCUAACAGCACGGAGCAAAGCAACGCUGUGCUAACAGGCCUCAGGUGUCCUGAGAACCUCAGCACCGUGGACUCUCUCAACACUCGUUAUGUGCUGCGGUGGGACUGGCCUCAGGAGACCGCGGUCGACCAGACCGUCACCUUCACUGCGCAGUAUAUAUCGGAGCGCCUCUUCCAGAAGCCCCGUCAUGAGAAGCACUGGAUCUCGGUGUGUGUCCAUGUUUUGGAGCAUCGCUGUGAUUUCACUGGAGCUGUUUUGCAUUACUUGGCCUUAUAUCAUCUGCGCGUGCGGGCCAGCACGCCACAGCAGUCCUCCGGCUGGGUCCAGAUCCGAUUCUGUCCUGAUAAACACGCUGCUUUAGGUCCUCCGUCCAGCGUGAAGCUGACGUCUAUUAAAGGACAUCUAGAGAUCAACAUCACUGACCCUUUGACCAGCACUAACCAGUCCAUGAAGACACUGCUGGACAACAAUCUGAGCUACCUCAUCCAGUACUGGAGGCGCUCUGAGGAUCCGCAGAAGGCUGAAGUCCUGCAGACAGAGAACAAUAUUGUGAUGCUGACCGGUCUGGACAGACAGACGUGGUACUGUGUGAGAGUCCAGAGCCGCUACGACUUCUACAACAAGACCAGUGUCUUCAGCGACACACACUGCACACGCACUGGAGGUCAGAUGCUGUACUGGCAGAUAUUCCUGUGCUUCCUGCUCUCUCUGCUGCUGUGCUUCCUGCUGGUGCUGCUGUUGUCCUUCUGCUUUUACAAGAUGUUCACGCUCUUAAAGAGCACCUUCUGCCCAGCCGUUCACCUCCCGGAUCACAUUCAGGAGCUGUGGUCGUCUGACUGCACAGCUCCGCAGCUGCUGGCCCCUGAGUCUCCAGAGUCUGUGUGUGAGCCGCUGGUCACGGCCUGCACUGAGCUGGACGCUGCGCUGGUCAACACUGAGGAUCAGGACUUCAGCACACACAGCCGGCACCGCAGCGGAGACUCGGGCGUUUACUCCACCGAGGAGGACUCCAGUACAGAUGAAGCUCAGAGGAGAGCGGCAUGAUGGG